ACUUUUAAAAAUUUCCGAAAAACGAGUAGUUUGCAAAAAGGAAAGCCGGAGAAAUGUCGUCGACUAAAAAAGACAAAAAACGAGGGCAGAAUUUGCAACUAUGAAGCGCUUCAAUGACUUCUCAAAGAUGAAAGCAUUCAAAGAUGCCCAGGAGCAUGGAAAGAACCGCUACAAGGACGUAGGAUGCUUGGACAACAAUCGGGUGAAGUUGGGUGGAGCAUGGCCGCAUGAAUAUAUUCAUGCGAACUAUGUAUCUACUCCAACUAACCCGAAACGUUUCAUCUGCACCCAAGCUCCCCUUGAGAAGACUUGUGCCGAUUUCUGGUUCAUGUGCCUGCAGGAUCGCGUCGAGACAAUCUUCAUGUUGUGCAACUAUAAGGAGAAAGGAGCAAAGAAGUGUCACGAAUAUCUUCCAACCGAGGACAACAAGGACACUAUGUCAUUCAAAGAAAAAGGACAGAAAGUCACCGUCAAAUUCGAAUCGUCAAAAGCGAUCAAAUUUCGGGACAACAGUGCCGCGAAGGUUACGAAGACCGUGCUGACAGUUGAGGGAGCUGGUUGUGAUAAACUUAAGGUUAAUCAUUACCACUGGAUAGAUUGGCCUGAUCGAGGAGUUCCGACUGCUGACAAUGCAAUUCUCGAACUGUUGGAAAAAGCCAGAGUGUCGAAAGGACCGAUUGCUGUGCACUGCUCGGCAGGCAUUGGGCGUACUGGCUCCGUGGUGAUGCUCGAGUACGUGAUGGAUCAAUUGCUAGCUGGACAGAUUAUCGAAGACACUGACAAGAUUAUUCAGAAAAUUCGUGAACAGCGUAACAAUUCGGUUCAGACCGAUCAUCAAUACCUCUUCGUCCAUCAAGUUAUGAUGAAUUUCUUUGAAAAGCGUGGACUUCUCGAUGAGGCCACUUCUGCCAUUCACAAGGAUUUCACCGAUCAAUACAGUAAAUGCGUCCUAUAGAACUUUUCCUUUUCAUCUCUAGAAAAUUCUCGAAUAAACUUUUGUCAUCAAAA